ACAUGGAUAAAGAAAAUCCAGAAGCAGUUCAAAGCCCACCAGAACGGAACAUCGAGGUGGUCCCACCUAAAGAGCCAAAAUGCCAGAAGCCCUCCAAUAACAUUCUUAUCUAUUUGAUUGACAGGCAGCUGGGGAGACCCAGAAAUGAUAUGGAUUUGUUUGAGUGGGCUUGGACACUAAAAUAAAGUGU